UGGAUCUCCAACUCUCUUCCUUCCCGAUCCUUUCGAUCAUCAUUUUAUUUAUUCUAAUGGUGCUGAAGAUGGUUAUGAGACCUAAAUCAAGUUCAAAUCUGCCUCCGGGGCCGUGGAAGCUACCUUUUAUUGGAAAGUUACGUCAGUUAGUACUAAAUCUACCACAUGGGGCGCUACGAGACUUGGCCAAAAAGCAUGGACCCUUGAUGCACCUUCAAUUUGGGGAGGUACCAACAUUGGUUGUUUCCUCGGCAGAGUAUGCAAAAGAGGUAAUGCAAACUCAUGACAUUACUUUUGCUUCGAGGCCUCGUCUAAAUGCUCUGAAAAUACUAGGAGGAGAAGAGGCCACAUCACCUAUAUUCUUUGUUUGGUAUUCUCUUAUUUAAGACUUGAGCUUCAUUGAGGAUUCCUUUGAUGCAACCAAACAAGACUUAGUAAAAAAAAGAUUUUUAUUUGAUUCUUGGAGCUAAAAUGGAGGGGACAAGAUUGCAUAGUACAAGACAUCCAAUGGCUUAGAAUUAAAGGCUCAAAUUUGAAGGUUCAUAUGGAUCCAAUGGCUGCUCUGCAAAGAAGCAAAGUUCUCAACUUUGAAGACAUCCUCCAACGGUUGGGAUAUGGGUGGCUAGGAUUAGUUUGUUCAAAAACAUCAAGGGCCAAGAUGAAGUCAUGAAUGGAAGACCAAGAUUGAAAGAUUGAGAAUUGAUCCAAGGGUGGAGAAUGUGUAGAGACAAAUUGAAAAUUAGGGUUCUAUCUCAUUCUAGUGUUCUACACAUGGAGAGCAAAUUGAAAAAUAUCUUUGAGAGAAAUUCUUGCUAUCGAAUUCAUCAAUCAUGAAGCUUACUUGCUAUUGCUAUUUCAAUCUUUAUCAUCAAGUGAAAGAUCUUUUCCAUUCAAGUCUCUACACUGAAGGACUUCUCACUACUCUUGCUUUUGUAAAAAAGGAAGUUCCUACAUAUUUUAGGCUUUGCCUACUUACAAUCAAAACCUCUCUUGCUCUUAAAAUCAUAUCCUAUCCUUGAGAGUGUUGUAUGUUGGGGGUUUAAUUUAUUUUAGUGAA